UUGAAAUCUGAGGGAGCAAGUGGGGAAGUAAACCCAAAGGAUGAGAUAUUUGGAAGAUCAAAAAUAUCUGGCUAAGUCGUCCACGUCGGCACAAGAUGGAAUCAGAUAUUGCACUUUUACCAACAAAAAAGCGCAAAAAAAAAAGAAAAAAAUAAAUUUUCUUUUCUUUUUUAUAAUUUUCCCUCGUUUUCUCACUUCCCAAACACCCCUCCGAGUCUCCCGAAUUAUAUAUCUGCUUCUUCUUCUCAAUAGUCUUCGUUUCUCUCCUGAUUUUUCUCCCAAUCCGAUCCGAUCCCGACACGAACAAUUCGACCUCGCUGAUGACAAGAACCUAAAAAAAGCAACCAAAAAAAAAAAGAAAAAAAGAGAAAAAAAAGAAGAAGAUAGAGGGAGAGCUUGAGCUGUUAUUGCAAUGGGUGAAGAGGUGAGGAUGAGCGAGUACGAAGGCGGUGGCAGUGGCGGCGACGACGGCGACGACGAGACUCGAGUUCUCGAGUGGGAGGCGGGGCUGCCGAGCGCCGACGAUCUCACGCCGUUAUCUCAGCCGUUGAUCCCAAUCGAGCUCGCUUCUGCCUUCAGCAUCUCGCCGGAGCCGUGCCGUACAGCCGUCGACGUCAACCGCGCGUCGCAGAAGACGGUCUCGACGCUCCGCGGCGCCGCUCACUCUCAGGGCUUCUCUUCGAACUACAAGUCGUUUGACGAGAACCGCAGCGACGACGUCGAGCCGAUGGUCGUCGAGGUCGACGAGAACGACCGGUACGGCAACGCCGGAUCCGAUUCAAGAAAGUCGCGGAAGAUUGAUUGUACGGAGGAGGCCGAUUCGGCGCUGAGGACCGAGAAUUUCUCGGCCGACGACACGUCGGCGCGGACGCUGAAGCGGCCGAGGCUCGUGUGGACCCCGCAGCUGCACAAGCGGUUCGUGGACGUGGUGGCCCACCUGGGGAUCAAGAACGCGGUGCCCAAAACGAUUAUGCAGCUGAUGAACGUUGAAGGCUUGACCCGAGAAAAUGUGGCGAGCCACUUGCAGAAGUAUCGGCUCUACUUGAAGAGGAUGCAGGGGUUAUCGGGCGACGUUGGGCCGUCGUCUUCGGACCAGCUUUUCGCGUCGACGCCGGUGCCGCAGAGCUUGCAUCAAGAGUCGGGUGGCGGGUCGAGUCAGGCGGGUCAGAGCCACGGGCAUGGAAAUGGGCAGUUUUCGUUUUCUAUGCCUUACCCGCCUACAAUGAUGCCCAUGCCGGUUCUCGGGUUGACCCACGGGCACGGGCACAUGGGCAUGCCGGGUGGUGGGUACCAUGGGUUCGAGUCGCACCAUUACAACAUGGGUUCGAUGGUUUCGUAUCCACAUGGUGCUCCAAAUGACAAAUGAGAAAUCUUUACACAUUAAGUUGAGAUUCAGAAGUUUCAGCAAGUUGGUUGAAGCUAACUCUUGGAACUCAACCUGUAAGCUUGCUUGAUUGGUAAUGUUGAACCUGACAGGCAUGGGAAGGGUUCUUAGGAAUUAUGUGGAGACACUUUAGAGGUAUAUGGGUUUUGAAUGAAUCAGCCAAUGUAACAAAAUCUCCCUCAUUAAAUGCAUGUAUUCCCAGUUACCUAACAGUGGGAGGUUCGUUCCUAGUCUACAUAGUUGACACCGAGGCAUCGAGUACAUUCUUAACCUGUUUCUAGUUAAUAUAUUCUUUUUGCAUCAAUAAGGUAUUAAGCCUUUUGUAACCGAGAAAAUAAGGUAUUGAGCCUUUUCUUUCCAGAAUCAAUGGAAAAAAGUCGAUCUAAAUAUAGAAAUGUCAGUUAGCUGUCCUUCAUUGCGAUAUUGAAUGCUUUUAUCACCUUGUCACCUCCUAUGUCAUGUAUGGAGAUUCCUGUAUGUUUAUGCAAAUAUGAAUGUGGAUUUGGUACAACAAUAAUUUUGCAA